GCCCACACAACCUGGAAUUUUUUUGGGAGUCGGCAUCAGGCAUCAAUCAAUCCCUCAGUCACCAUACAGUCGCUCCUCGUCCUCCCGCUAUUUCUGCUUCUCAUUUCUCGCACGCAUACCGUUCUCUGCUUCUCCUCUCAUCGAUUUUGACUUUGUGCUUCAGGUUAACCAUUUCUUCCCCAAAUCAGAACAAAGUGUUUUAUUAUCUUUCUCAUGAAUCCGUUGCGUUGUAUCACAACAGUGUUUUUGCUGGAGCAUCUCUUUGCUUGUUGUAUUUGUUGCUGAUAUCGAAGUGUUUUAGCAAAGAACAUGACAUCAAAAAGGGAAAGGGCAACUGAUGAUAGGGUAGAGAAGGAAGGGCUUGAUUUUGAAUCGAAAAGGAAAAGAGUGGAUAAGGACUCUUCCCCCUCUCCUCCUCCUGUCUCCAUUGCAAAUCCUCUUUCUGGGUUGGCUAAUAACUAUGCUGACAUCGAUGAGGAGGAAGAUUAUUAUCAAAGGGAUAAGGGUACUGUUAGCGACAAUAGGAAUGGCGCAUCUCAGCAGAAUGGACAUAAAUAUGAAGGGGAUGAUUAUAGUGAUGAAGAAGAAGAUUCACAGGAACAACUAUUUGGUGGAAGAAGUCGCCAGGUGGAGGUUCGGAAGGACUGUCCUUAUCUUGACACUGUAAAUAGACAGGUUUUGGAUUUUGACUUUGAGAAGUUCUGUUCUGUCUCUUUGUCAAAUUUAAAUGUAUAUGCGUGUUUGGUUUGUGGCAAGUAUUACCAAGGGAGAGGGAAAAAAUCUCAUGCCUAUACGCAUAGUCUGGAAGCCGGACACCAUGUUUAUAUCAAUCUCCAGACUGAAAAAGUAUAUUGUCUUCCCGAUGGCUAUGAAAUUAAUGAUCCUUCACUAGACGACAUUCGGCAUGUCCUGAACCCAAGGUUUACUGCAAAAGAUGUUGAACAACUUGACAAAAAUAAGCAGUGGUCCAGGGCACUAGAUGGUUCUAGUUACCUUCCGGGAAUGGUUGGGCUUAAUAAUAUUAAGGAGACUGAUUUUGUGAAUGUAACAAUUCAAUCCUUAAUGAGAAUUACCCCAUUGAGGAAUUUUUUUCUUAUCCCUGAAAACUAUCAACACUGCAAAUCUCCACUUGUUCAUCGAUUUGGUGAACUCACUAGGAAGAUCUGGCAUGCGCGAAACUUUAAAGGACAGGUUAGUCCCCAUGAAUUUCUUCAAGCAGUGAUGAAAGCUAGUAAAAAACGAUUUCGAAUUGGUGCGCAGUCUGACCCAGUUGAGUUCGUGUCAUGGCUUCUUAAUACGCUGCAUGCUGAUCUUAAAACUUCAAAGAAGAAUACGAGCAUAAUUUACGAGUGUUUUCAGGGUGAGCUUGAGGUUGUUAAAGAGAUUCCUAACAAAAGGAUCGGUGAUAAGAGAGAAAAUGAGGACCAAUUGGAUGGCGCAGCUAGGCAAUAUGCAUCCUUCAAAGAAACUUUGAAAAUGCCAUUUCUAAUGUUAGGGUUGGACUUGCCGCCGCCUCCUCUUUUCAAGGAUGUGAUGGAGAAAAAUAUAAUACCCCAGGUUCCACUUUUCAACAUACUAAAGAAGUUUGACGGUGAGACUAUCACCGAGGUGGUCCGUCCUCAUAUAGCAAGGAUGCAAUAUCGUGUUACCAGACUGCCUAAGUAUAUGAUUCUUCACAUGCGGCGAUUUACCAAGAACAAUUUUUUUGUGGAAAAGAAUCCUACUUUAGUCAACUUUCCUGUGAAGAACUUGGAGUUGAAGGAUUACAUUCCCUUGCCAACACCAAGAGAAAAUGAGAAAUUGCGCACUAAAUAUGAUUUGAUUGCAAAUAUUGUUCAUGAUGGCAAACCAGGUGAAGGAUCCUAUAGGGCGUUUGUGCAACGAAAAUCAGAAGAACUAUGGUAUGAGAUGCAGGAUUUGCAUGUGUCAGAAACACUCCCUCACUUGGUUGCGCUUUCAGAAACUUACAUGCAAAUAUACGAGCAGCAGCAGUGAAAGGCCGAGUUCAAAUCCUUUUCUGAGAGCACUGCAACCUGGCAGCUUGUGUUCUGAAGGAUUUAGAAUGAGAAAUGAUUCAUGGUUACCACACAAUUGGUUAAUAGGCAACAGUUUAGAUGCUUUUGGGGAAAUUAUAAUGCGUGAUUAUUGUAGCCAAGUGGCUUAUAACAUUCAAAUGUAUCUCAUAGCCUUGAGGAACUCUUGAAUUUUUUGUUGUACCUGAUAUGAUAGGUUACCGGUGUAACUUGUGGAAUGUGAGCUUAAACAUUGCUCAACACUUAUAACCCUGUUUAGUCGUUGAAUGUCUUUAAGUUACAUGAUGCAUAAUGUUUCUUUCAA